AUGGCCCCUCUAACACCGGAAGAGCUGCAACAGCACCCCGAGUACAACCAUACUAUCUGGCACCUCAAACCCACGAAGAAAGGCAAGGUCCCCGUUGCCCAAGGCAGAGGCGGGCCAAUCGACAUUGCAUAUGAAGUGCACGGCUCCGGAGAUCGACACCUGGUUUGGGUCAUGGGCCUUGGUGGGAUGAAGUAUGCAUGGCAACGCCAGACAAAAGACUUUGCUCACACAAAAGGCGACCAAUACUCUUCGCUCGUGACCGACAACCGCGGUAUUGGCGAGUCGGACAAGCCCAGAUUCCGCUACUCGACCUCUGAGAUGGCCAAAGACAUUAUUGAAGUCCUCGACCAUCUUGGCUGGGAUAAAAAGCGCGAGCUUCACAUCAUCGGCAUUUCAAUGGGAGGCAUGAUUGCGCAAGAAAUGGGUUUUGUCGAGAACCUGAUCAACCGAGUCAACCUCUUCAUCCCCAAAGCGAUCGACCAACAAAUCGAAAACGUGAAAAAGAAUCUCUACACUCAAGCAUGGCUCGAUUCGCCCGACACUCUUGAGCCAGUAAAGCAAGCCUUCCCAACCAACGGUGACCGCUUCGCAGCCAACGAACUCUGGAAGCGCCAACAGCCCCAGUACUUCCAAAAAGCCGGGUUUAUUUUACAAGCCAUCGCCGCGGGCUGGCAUCACAAGUCACCCGAGCAGCUACAGCAAAUUGCCAAGACGGUUGGCAAGAAGCGCAUCAUGGUUGUUCAUGGUACACAAGACAAGAUGAUUACGUUCCCGCAUGGUGUGGUGUUGUGGAGGGGUUUGGAAAAGGGAGAAGGCAAGACGGGCAAGGAGAAUUGGUUGGGGAUUGAAGAAGAGGAAGAUGUUUGGCAGGAAGGUGAGGUGGAGAAGCAUUUCAUCAAGGGGCAGGGACAUGUCAUUCCGGCAGAGAUGAGGGGAGAGUGUAACAAGUGGUUGGAGGGGUUGUUUGAGAGGGGUGAGAAGUUGAAUCAGGAAGAGGGCGUGUAA